AUAGGAAAGGAAAGCUCUCUCCUUUUUCCCCCAAUUUCUCCCAGUUUCCCUGAAUGCUCCUUCUCCGAUUCAUCUCAAAUCCAACCAUUGUGAUCCCCAAUUCUCAGGUUUUGAUCUCAUCCUGAUGAUGAAUUCCAAUGGGGCUUCAUCAUCCGCAAGCGACGGCGGCGGCCGAGAUUCAAACCCUCCGAAGAGGAAUUCCAAGAAACCCAAAUAUUCUAGGUUUACACAACAAGAGCUACCUGCCUGCAAACCAAUACUGACUCCUGGGAUUGUUAUUUUAACAUUUGCUGUCAUUGGCGUUAUUUUUUUCAUUCCAAUUGGGCUUGCUUCAUUGUCUGCAUCAGAACGUGUUGUUGAAAUUGUAGAUCGAUAUGACUUAGAUUGCAUUCCAAAGGAGUUACGCAAUGAUAAGCUUGGAUUUAUACAGAGUGGUCAAACUAACAAAACAUGUACCAGAAGUGUUGUAGUUCCUAGGUAUAUGAAAAGUCCUGUCUUUAUCUAUUAUGAGCUCGAUAAUUUCUACCAGAACCAUCGCAGGUAUGUGAAAAGCCGAAGUGAUAAACAACUGAGAAGUAAGAAAUACGAACAGGAUACAAGUACCUGCGCACCUGAAAGCACCUCUGCUGAUGGGUCUCCAAUUGUUCCUUGUGGCCUUAUUGCGUGGAGUUUGUUCAACGAUACAUAUAGUUUUUCACUGAACAACGAGCCAUUGGUGGUGAACAAAAAGAACAUAGCUUGGGGUAGUGAUAAGUACCGUAAGUUUGGCAGUGAUGUUUAUCCAAAAAAUUUCCAGAGUGGACAGUUGAUUGGAGGUGCCAAGCUUAAUGCUAGCAUACCUUUGAGUGAACAAGAGGAUCUUAUUGUCUGGAUGCGAACAGCGGCUUUGUCAACCUUCAGAAAGCUCUAUGGAAGGAUUGAAGAAGAUCUACAACAAAAUCAGAGAAUAACUGUGGUGAUUGAGAAUAACUAUAACACAUACAGUUUUGGAGGGAAGAAAAAGCUUGUUCUUUCAACUACAUCUUGGAUAGGUGGAAAGAAUGAUUUUCUUGGUGUAGCUUAUCUCACUGUUGGUGGUUUAUGUUUGUUCUUGGCUUUGGUCUUCAUACUUCUAUAUUUGUUUAAACCAAGGACUCUUGGUGAUCCAUCCUACUUGUCAUGGAACAGAAAUGCACCUGGAUACUCAAAUUAAGAGGCUGGUGCUUAUGUUUUACUAUCCAAGAAAGUAAAUUUUAUCCCCCUUGAAAGGAAAUCAUUUUUUAUUAAAAUACAGAGUUUGAAUCAAGAUGCUUACUCCUUUCUGCGUUUUUAUAAUUUAGAUGUUCUUCAUGUACAUAAAUGAAACUUAUACCCCUUUUUUUGUAAUGUUACU